CAACGACAUCACUAAAUAGUCUCUCGGAGUUGUUUGCUUCUCUCACUUUACCAAUCUCUUUUAGUUAAUACAUCUUCCUUCUCCUUCCUUCCUUCUUCCUCAACCGAUUUGAUUUCUUCAAUCAAUCGCAACCAGAGAAAUUUGGCGUAGAGAUUUACAUUUGUAAUGGCGGACCAAACCACCGAUUCAACAUCUCCUGCGGCUCCUGUCUCCACAUCGUCUCCUAAGAAAGAAAUCAGCAAUCCAGUUGAUUCGAAGCUCACUGAACUAAGCGAAUCAAGGGCCGAGUUACUUAACAGGAUCCAGAAUCUCAAACAGGACUUGCAAAGUUGGAGAGGUAAGCUCGACACCCAAGUUCAAGUCUACCGUGAGGAGCUCUCUGGGCUGAAGAAGACUCUCAAUCUUGAAGUUGAGCAGCUCCGUGAGGAAUUCAAAGACCUGAAAACCACUUUGAAUCAGCAGCAAGACGAUGUUUCUGCUAGCCUCAAAAGCUUAGGCCUACAAGGUAAACCUAAAGAUUCAGAAGGGGAAAUGGAUAAGAAAAGCGAGGCGAAAGAAGAGAAAGUGGAAGCUCGGUUGAAAGAAGCAGAAGCAGAGCACAAUUAGACCAUGAAAAUGUUUCUUCUUUCUUUUAUCAUCUUAUGGCUACCUACACUACUACGUUUGUGAUUGUAACGUUACUCUUUUUAAUAUGCUAGUAUUGUGGUUUAGUUA